CGCAUGCUUCAACCCCCCUUCAGACCGUUCAGUCCAGUCCAGCCACAUUCCUCAGCAGCAGGUACCACUGUAUUUUGAGCUUUAUUCUCAAUCCGUUAUCCAGUUUUAACUUUGCUAUUGGCUCUUUGCAUGGAAUUGUCGUUUGACGUGAAUUGACGUUUUAUAGGCCUGACACCAACGAAGCUUGAAACGAGACUUUCUAUGAGUUUCAUUGCGUUAUUAAAAGUGUAAGUUGAACUUUUAUGCUGUUGGUUUUACUACUGUUCGUUUUUACUACUCUGCUCGUUUUACACUGUUUAGGCGAAUUGAAUGUACAGUUUGUUAAACCCCCUGACGUGUUAUUUGUAAUAAAGUGUUAAAACUUUUUAAACUGUAAACCUGGUCCAUGUUAGUUCAUUUGGUUCAGGUGUAAUUUUUACAUGAGUAAAAGGAAUAGUUCAAUUGUGUCAUUAACAGAAUUUCUUAUGUUGUAAAUGUGCUUGCAUAUAUUUUUAUUUUCAAAGCAUGAACUAUUAAUUUAACCAGUUUUAGCACAAAACUUGAAAUGCAUGGUGUUUUCACGACGCGUCAUCAAUAGUCCAUAUUGGCGGCACUGAACUGAACGAGACUAUAAGAAAUAUUUUGCUGAUUAUUGCUACUGAAAAUGGUCAAUAAUUGUCAUGUUUUGGGCUGUAAUCGGUCGGACUGGGAAAAACAUUUGGAGUACUGUAGACUGCCAAAAGUUUUAACAAAUUAGAGGAAUCUGGAAUUGGAGAAGAGUGCAAAAAAAAAAAAAAAAAAAAAAAAAAAAAAAAAAAUUCCGUCUGGUGGUGGUUGAGGAGAGAUCCCCCCAUAUGAUUGUAAACACAGUGAAAGCGCUAUGAAGCCACAUUCAUUCAUUCAUUCAUUCAUAAGUAUAGAAAAGAGAAAACACCCAUCAGAGAUUUUAGAUGUAAAGUGCUUUGAUGUAUCAGAUGUACAUACAACAUUUUCUAGGAUAUACAGCCAGAACUAUACAUCUUAUAUUUUUAAAGGAUAAAAAAAAUAGGAAAACUUUACAUUUUAAAUAGAUAUAGUUAUUUUUAAAAAGUAAAACUAAUGUACAAUCUGUCGUCGUCCCAUGUGUGUUGUAACCAGACAGUUAAUGCCGACACCAAAUUCUAAAUCUGUAAAGGAUUCAUUAUUCGAGACCGUACACAUUAUGCCAUCUGGUGGUGAAAAUGAUGAACAGGCAAAACGUGUUGCGUCGUGUGGAGCUCGAGCGAUAGCCUAAAUACUGUUUCUCAGGUCCAUCUGGUGUGUCAAGAUUAUCCGGUUUCUAUGAAAUCGUUCGGAGAUAAAACGCACAAGAACUUCGAUCAGGACAGCAACAAGUUUGGGUGUUACAGAAUACUCCGUCACAACAGGAUCCAGCAGCUUUUCCGGCGAACUCAGCACAGGUAUGGACACUACAACAAUACUAUUCCGACUUAAGGCCCGCGAUCACUGGAAUAUCAUGUUUGUGAAUUUCUCGCCAUAGCGAACCACUCUGACCUCCCGGACUAUAUUCUGAUAGAGGUAUUUUGUGAUAGCCUUAAUGAACCUCUAAAGUCAAAACUCAGACGCGGGGGCCCGCGUUCGUCUCUGGCUGCAUUUAUGGAUUAUGCUUUGUUGACUGUUGGCUCUUUAUUCACCGUGGGUGUCGCGGAGGAGGAAUGCGACAUCGCAACCAUGCCGGUAAUGGCAGCCGCGACGUUGAGUCAGCCAGGAACCCCGGGACACUCUUGUUUAAUGAUCGCUACUCCAGUGUUGAAACCCAUUCAUGUAAUGGUGGCAACCGCAAAGCCAGUCCACAAGAUGGAGGCCGCACCGGAAUGCGCUCACGUAAUGCCGGUGACCGCGGAGCCAGUCUACAAAAUGGCGGCGAAAAUAUUGCAGCUGUGUUUCGAGUCAAGUCAAGUUUCCGAGUCCAGUCAAGUUGCAGCUGUGUUUCCUGAGUCAAGUAAAGUCACAGCUGCCACUCCAGAGUCAAGCAAGAUUACAGCUGCUGUGCCAGUGUCAAGUCAAGUUACAGCUGCUGUUCCAGUGUUAAGUCAAGGUAAAGCUGUGUUUCCUGUGUCAAGGCAAGUCAGAGCAGCUCUUCCUAAGUCAAGUCCAGUUACAGCUGUCGUUCCUGAGUAAAGCAAAGUCAAAGCUGUCGUUCCUGAGUCAAGCAAGGUCAAAGCUGCCGUUCCAGAGUCAAGCAAGGUCAAAGCUGCCGUUCCUGAGUCAAGCAAGGUCAAAGCUGCUGUUCCUGAGCCAAGUACAGUCAAGACUGUGGUUCUUGUGUCAAGCAAAGUCAGAACGGAUUUUCCUGAGUCAAGUCAAGCCACAAGUGAUCUCCACGAACCAGGUCAAGCCACAGCUGACCAUCGUGAGCCAAGUCAAGCCACAGCUGACCAUCGUGAGCCAAGUCAUGCCACAGCCGGUCUCCACGAACCAGGUCAAGUCACAGCUGAUCUCCACGAGCCUAGUCAAGUCACAGUUGAUCUUCAUGAGCCAAGUCAAGUGAUUGCUGUUGUUCCAGAGUCAAGUCAUGUCCCGUCUGACGGCCCAGAGUCAAGUCAUGUCCCGUCUGACGGCCCAGAGUCAAGUCACGUCCCAUCUGACAGCCCAGAGCCUCGCCAUGUCUCGUCUGACACCCCAAGAUCACGGCCUAUCAUGAUGGCCAGCGUGCUGGACUCACCACUAGUGUCAGUGUGGACAGCAAACAUCCCAGUGGCAUCAGCACCUUCUAAACCCACCAUUAAAGAGGUCCUGCCACCCGCUGCUGCUCUUCCCUUAAUGGCGGUCGCCAUUUGGUGUGUGUGGGCUGCACACUGCGCUCCAGAGGUUCCGUCUGUUCACAAAUCUGCUUCGGAGGUCUCGUCUGGUCACAAGUCUGCCCCAGAGCUCUCGUCUGUUCUCAAGUCUGCUCCAGAGGUCUCAUCUGGUCACAAGUCUGCUUCGGAGGUCUCGUCUGGUCAUAAGUCUGCCCCAGAGCUCUCGUCUGUUCUCAAGUCUGCUCCAGAGGUCUCAUCUGAUCACAAGUCUGCUUCAGAGGUCUUAUCUGAUCAUAAGUCUGCGCCAGAGAUCUCGUCUGUUCUCAAGUCUGCUCCAGAGGUCACAUCUGAUCACAAGUCUGCUCCAGAGGUCUCAUCUGAUCACAAGUCUGCUCUAGAGGUCUCGUCUGACCACGAGUCAGCUCCAGAGGCCUCUUCCUUCGGAGAAGCUGCGCCAAUGCCUCCAGAGGUGUCAGCACCGGCUGUAGAACCUCCUAUGGAGGCGGCGUUCCCCUAUGAACUCUCUGCUUCUCUCCCUAUUCUGUCUGCCUCCUCUGUCCCUGCUCUCCCCAGGUCCCAGUCCAUGACGCAGGCUCCAGCUCCGCCCUGGUGGGCUCCAGCUCCGCCUGCUCCUCCCUGGAGGGCCCCUGCGCCUCCUGCUCUGCCCUGGAGGGCCCCUGCGCCUCCUGCUCUGCCCUGGAGGGUUCCUGCGCCUCCUGCUCUGCCUCCUGCUCCGCCCUGGUGGGCUCCUGCCCUGCCGGUCAUGCCUCAGUCACCGGGUCCUCCGCAUGGACCUAGUCCUCCAACCCUCGCCCUGUCUUGCUCCCGCCCCACCACUCCCUUGGACUGUUGUUCGGUUGGAGCGUCUGGAAGCCGCUCUUUGGGGGGGGAAUCUCUGUCAAGAAUCUGGUCGGUGACCUUCGGUCUGCUCACCACUAGAUGUGGUUCUUGCCUUGCCAUAUCACUCAGACUGUUGCAUUGCACCCUGGACUACUACUCCCAUCACCCAUCACGUUGAUUGCGUCGACACCUGUGACCAAUCAGGCGCACUAUAAAAGCCCCGGACUUUCCCUCCGUGUUCACAGAGUAUUGUGAUUAUCGUUGUGUUUAUUUGCAUUGUUGUUUCCCUAGUUUUUGUAGUUCCUAGUUCCUAGUUUCCUUGUUUCCUUGUUUCCUAGUUCCUGAGUUCCCUUAGUUUAACGUUCACACCUGGCCAUCUCGUCUUGUCUGUCUCGCCGCCUGCCUUCUGGACUCUCGCUCGUUUGUACGGAUUAUCCCUCUGCUUUGCGUUAUGGAUUAUGUUCGCCGCUGAUCGACCUACACCUAUUUCACAGACUACUCUUGUGCCUCGCCCCAACAUAUCUGUUUGCUGUUGUUCUGACCCUGCCUGUUCGACUAUGCCUUUGUCUCAUCCUGGAAAUAAAAGCUUGCAGAUGAAUCCGCUCGCCUCUCGUCUCUCACUCAGUGUUACACUAUCUAUGCCUUCCUCUUUUAUUUAUGGCGCAUGGACGUCUCUGAGAGGGGGCGAUAUGUCAAGACUAUUGACCUGUUUUGUGUUGUGUUGCCACUGUUUCAGUUCCUGUUUUUCUUAUUUGUUCAAGUUCCUGUUCUUAUUUAGUUUGAUUAUGAAUCAAACCUUUGCACCUGUGUUUCCAAUUAUCCUGUGUAUUUAAGUUCCUGUCUUUGCACUUUGUCACUGUCGGGUCUACUUGUUGUGUUUGUGUGUCUGCUAAGCCUCUUUUGUAAAUUAUCCCUUGUGUUUGUUUAUUAAAGACUGUUUAAUGUUUCUCCACGUCUCCAGCAUGUUCCUGAGGCAGCGUAUCGUAACAGCAUACCUGUUCUCAGAUAAAAUGACAACAAGAACACAUAAUCAUCUCUGUUGGAAUGCUCUUCUCCUGUGCUCGUUUACACUGGUUUUCGAAACAGCGGCACCUCUCUAUCCUUUUUGUGCAACAGCAGUUGUUGUGGCCACGUGAUGUAAUGCUCAAAUCUUGUUUGAAGGCCCAUGUUUUACUUUGUGAAACUGAGAAGAUUUGUUGGACUGGGUGGGAAAAAAACAUUCGCUUUUUUGGUGCAUAGAUGUUCACGGUCUAUGUGGAAGUAUUCAUAGGAAUGUGUUGUUUUAUUCCAUUGCAUCAUU